CUCACACGCAUAUUACUGUAAAAUAAUAUGCCCGUAUUGGCAUGAGCUGGAAUGGGCGAUGGCAACCUCCCUUUGCAUUCUUGGCUGCUCUUGCGCUGUACUUGCAGACUGCAUAUGGGCAAUCUGAAGCUGAUUGCAGUGGCCCUGGACCAAGGGCUGAUGGAUGCGCACCGGAAGAGGAGGUGAUCCAGUGUAGCAGAAACGGCGAGCACUGCUAUAUCUAUGAUGCCUUGUAUGCCUUUUGUGAGCCCCAUGCAAACUUCUUCGAAAGCCCAUUUGGGGUGCAAGGUGCCCAAGGCCCUAUGGAAUGCACCACAACUACAACUGGAACUCACACAACUACAAGCAUCAAGACGAGAACUGUGACUUUUUACACAACGACCCGUGGGCUGGCAAUUGAGUGUAGAGAUCUUUGCUACGAGAACACACAUCUUUGGAUUGAAAAGUGCGGAUGGCCUGGCUGCGCUUCGUGUGGAGAAUGUGCCUCCAUUCUGCUUCCAAGCACAGAGCCAGAAACCACGUCUGCUGCAGAUGGAAUGUUUACGUUUAGGCCAAUUCAAAGGAAUACUACAUUACCACCUACGACUUCUGCAGCAUCUGGUGGCCAAUCAGGUGGAUCAGGAUCUGGUGGGGGCAGCGCACCAGUCUUUGAUGGAUCGGACGGAUCUUUGGAAGAAGCUGCACAGAGCGACCAGACGACAGUUCAGAUAGCGUCAACAACUUCGGCUCAGCUUCAGUCCAAGGCUUGUUUACAACUGUGUUACGACGCGAUCAAUUACAUACCUUGGAGCCAGCUGUGCAAUUGGGCAACGUGUGUGCUAUGUCCAGAAUGUUCUGGCACAAGUGUGACUGCAACAUCCACUACGGUUCCUCUUGCAGUCACUGCCACAGUCUCCACAACACUAGUUUCAGUGACAAGUGCUAUGACCACAAGCAGUACAACUGCAACACGAUCUAUCACGACCUCCACCACAUUUACUAUCACUUCAACCGACACCAUCACGACGACAAUACCCCUGAGGGCUUGCGAACCUCCGAACCCACUGCUUGCUGGCAUCAUGGCCAAUGAGGAGUGCAAGGGAAACCUAAGUACCAGCAGUCAGAGAGACACCCUUUGUUUGGCCAGGCUAGCUGAACAUCCUUGUCUCUACACUGGUGACCUGGUUCUGACAUGUCCAAGGGGCAACACCGUGAAACGCGAAUCCGUGCUUGCGAACGGUGAUUAUCAAACCAAGUGCAGAAUUUGUGGCUGGGGAGGGACAGAAUGGCAAGAUGUAGAUACGGUUGCAGGGAACAUGACAGUGAGUCUCGAAUUCGGCGCGAAUGCGCUACUUGGCGUCAUCAACGAGACAGUUAUUUUUGGGUAUGGCAUUUUCUUGGCAGACAACUGCAGCAGGCCCAUAAAGCGUGAUCCUGUGGGAUAUGUAGAGAAGAUGGAUGAUCAUCCAUUUGAUGAGAAUUGCUGCAACUCGACGAAGUAUAGCACAACUGUCACGUUCUCUGUUCCUCCAGACCUUUACAGCGUCAGGUUGAUGGUACGCCCAAACACCACAUUGGGCUUCUUACCAGUGGGCGAAGUUACUACUGAGAUUUGGGAUGCAAACCAGACGAAAGCAAGUCUUUCCAGCGCCAACAGGCAAGCUGGGAUGCUCCUGAGCCUCUUGGUACUCUUGACAUGGCGCACUUUCCUAGAGCCGCCCAUACUUCCAAAUGCCAACAGGUCAUGACCAACACUUUGUUGAGAACGUCGCAGUCGUUUCCAUGUAUACAGAUGUUUUCCUUUCUUGCAAAUUCUACAAAGCUGCAUUUAAGAUGCCGCUUGCCGCCAAACCACACAGAGUUUGUGCAUGCCUUUUUUGGCAGUUCCCGAAUGGGACCUCGCAAAAUUCAAAUCAAGUGUCAGGCUGUACCCUGCACUACACAUACGUGCAUGUUCAUCGGAUAGUGAGUGGGAGCUCUUGGAAUGAGUGUUUUCUGUCAGACC